AUGGGGCCGGCUGUGAUUGCCGCGGUCGUGACUGCCGUGGAGAGACGGGAUGGCCAGCCGAACGGCGAGGAGCGUACGGCUGCCGCUGUGUUCGCCGGAACUUCUGUUGCUGACGAGGGCGCAGACAUGCAGGGGCACGGCCAGGCGGCGGGCGAUAGUCAGGGGCCCGCGAACAGCGCUCCUUCCGGCGUCUCGAAGGCGAAGCCGAAGAGGAAGCUGCGGGGUGACGCGCCCGCACUGUCCGCCGCCGCGCAAACGGCUUCGCACGCGCCAGCAACAGGGGCGCCGAACCUGGGCGGAGGUAACGGAGUGGCACAGGCUGCAGCGGUGGCACCAACGGGAGCAGGUGGGGACACUACGGCGGCAGCAGUAGGCACCAGACGCUCAGCAAGGCUCGGGGCGAUCACGUGGGGGCCGCCACGAGGCGGACGGACACCGUGGGUGCCGGCAGGCCGCGGCAACGGCGUGGUGGAAACGACGGGAGCAGCGGGAAGGGGACAACGCGGGGUUUUACGCGGGGGGACGAGAGGCGGAAGGGGAGGGCGCAAUCAAGCGCCUAGGGCGGAGAUACCAGUGAGGACCGCUCCCUGGCGAGAGCGCCACGAUAGGCCAGAGAGAGUGAUCCCGCAGGCGGAGAGGGAACAGGAGGCUUCUGACAACUAG